UUUACAACAUUUCUGUUCUGCCAAAACAUAGCUUGAGUUGAUCUGGCCUGGUGGGAAUAAAUCAAUACUCAAGAGGGCGAUAGUAUAGGAACAUUCAGAUGUUUCUGAAAUUUAACCGGAUGUGUUGAUAUAAUUAAGUUGCACCACAACCCUUGAAGAAAAUGGUCACGUGUGAAGAGUCCAUAAGAAUGACUUCAGAUCCUCAGAGCAAAACAUGUCUACAGAAUCAGGACACACACAUAUAUCAAGAGAAAAGCCCAUGUGCGAAAUCAGGCAAUGGUGCAGCACUGGUGUUGUGUUCUGUUUCUGUGGCCUGCCUAAGUGGGUUAAUGAUGGGCUAUGAGACAAGUCUGAUAUCAGGAGCAUUACUUCAACUCAGGGACAUUUUGACUCUCUCCUGCCCGCAACAAGAGCAAGUCGUUGGGUCUCUUCUGUUUGGAGCCUUCCUCCUCUCCCUGGGUGGCGGCAUCAUCCUGGACCGUUACGGACGCCGGUUCUCCAUCAUCCUCACGGCGCUGCUGUGUGCAUUAGGCACACUUCUGAGCGUGUGUGUGGUGUCGUUUUGGGCGCUAGUGAUCGGGCGGAUGCUUGUCGGCAUGGCGGUAGCGCUGUCUGGCACAGCGUCUUGCCUUUACGCGGCAGAAGUGGCGCCGGCCGCCUGGCGCGGGAGGUGUGUGUGUGUGUAUGAGUUGAUGGUAGUUUUAGGGAUGCUUUUGGGAUUUGGACUGAGCUGUGCAUUCGCAGGGGUCCCGGAUGGAUGGAGGUUUACGUUCGGUGGCGUGCUGCUCCCUGCUUUGCUGCAAGCUGGCAUCAUGCCACUUUUGCCACAGAGUCCUCGCUUUUUGCUAGCCCAGCAGCGUGAGAAAGAGGCUCACGCGACUCUCCUCCGUCUCCGAGCAGGAAUCAAAGGAGUAGACGCGGUGGAGGACGAACUCCGGGCGAUACGCUUGGCGUUGGGGGCAGAGCGCCUGCACGGUUUUCUGGACCUCUUUCGUUCUCAUGACAAUAUGCUUCAGAGACUGCUUGUUGGCGCUGGGCUGGUUUUCUUGCAGCAGACUACGGGACAGCCCAAUAUUUUAGCGUACGCGUCGACUGUUCUCAGCAGCGUGGGCUUCCAUGGGAACGAGGCGGCGACUCUUGCAUCCACAGGGUUUGGUGUAGUUAAAGUGAGCGGGACUGUUCCUGCAGUCUUUUUAGUGGACAAAGUGGGCCCUAAAGCCUUACUAUGUGUUGGAACCAUUGUCAUGAUGUUGUCAACAGCAACACUGGGGGCCGUUACUAUGCAAAGCCGCACACAUGUUUCUAGCCUAUGCAAAGGCCCUGUUAAUAAAGCAAACCUCACGGAAUUUGAAACGGGAGCAGAGACUGAUUUCCAGACCAACAUUCCGCUGGGUUUAUACCAGCCCUCUUAUAAUGAACUUCAAAACAAGCACAAAGCAAAUGCUUUCAUCACUACUAUUAAUGACACUAAGGACCAUUGGAUUUUAAAUUACACAUAUGAUCAUAGGACAGCAUUUAUGGAUCCUGAGAAAGACAGUUCCAAAAUUGCACUUCCGUCUUUUCAUGUUAAUGAGGUGUCGCCCUCUCUGAAAUGGAUAUCUCUGGUCAGCUUGCUCGUUUACGUGGCUGGAUUUUCCAUCAGCUUGGGACCAAUGGUUCAUGUGGUUUUGAGUGCGAUCUUCCCGACUGGCAUCCGCGGAAAGGCUGUGUCUGUCAUCUCUGCCUUUAACUGGGCCACAAAUUUGCUUAUAUCGAUGACCUUUCUUACUGUGACAGAUCCUCUCCAGUUCUGUCAGGUUGGAUGGUAAACGUUGGUGGACAGCCAUUUUUAGGUCUCUCCAGAGAUGCUCAAUUGGGUUUAAGUCAGGGCUCUGGCUGGACCAUUCAAGAACAGUCACGGAGUUGUUGUGAAGCCACUCCUUCGUUAUUUUAGCUGUGUGCUUAGGGUCAUUGUCUUGUUGGAAGGUAAACCUUCGGCCCAGUCUGAGGUCCUGAGCACUCUGGAGAAGGUUUUUGUCCAGGAUAUCCCUGUACUUGGCCGCAUUCAUCUUUCCCCCACAGCAUGAUGCUGCCACCACCAUGCUUCACUGUUGGGACAGGUGAUGAGCAGUGCCUGGUUUUCUCCACACAUACCGCUUAGAAUUAAAUCCAAAAAGUUCUGUCUUGGUCUCAUCAGACCAGAGAAUCUUAUUUCUCACCAUCUUGGAGUCCUUCAGGUGUUUUUUUAGCAAACUCCAUGCGGGUCCAGUCAGUUUGUUUUUUAGUAUAUGGCUUCUGAAACUCAUCCAAUAAAACCAUGACGUUUGAAGCUGUCUCUGUUUAGAUAAGUAGAUAAAUACGCUUUUGUACUCCUGGUCCCUGAUCUGACACUGUUUAGGGUUGGUCACACUGCACUUUUUGUUCCAUUGACUUCCAUUCAUACGCAUACAGAUGUGUCAUCUGACAUUUCGCUGCGUUCCAAAGUUCAAGCUUGGUGAAUCUGCAUCACGUGAAACUGUCUGAUAUGUAUUGCUAGAGCCCUAUUAGGCCGCUAUAUGUAAGCUGUCCACCAUAUUGGAGUGUUCGUGAACAUUUGCAACUGUUGUUAUAUGCAUGAAUCUUCAGUAGACUUCAGAAGAUGCUUUUGCUAAAUGAACACAAUACAAGACGAAGCCGUUAGCUAACAAGGCAUUUAAAUUUAGUUUUAUUUAGUUUAGUUUUAUUUAGUUUAAAAACCUGUAAUAUUGAAUUAAUACAUAAAGUUGAAGUCAAAACUGUACAUACACCUUGUAGAAUCAUACAAAAUAAGAGGGAUCAUACAAAAUAGAUGUUAUUUUUUAUUUAGUACUGACCUGAAUAAUAUAUUUCAGAUAAAAGUCAUUCACAUAUAUUCCAUAAUGGUUAAAGUAAAUAAUAGUUGAAUUUAUAAAAUGACCCUGUUCAAAAGUUUACAUUUACUUGAUUUUUAAUACUGUGUUACCUGAAUGAUCCACAGCUGUUUUUUUCUUCUUUUUUUGUUGUUC